AUGUCAUCCAGUACCAAGUCGCACGAGUCGUCCUCCGCCGAAGGCGGAACCCCGGCCAACAAGGCCUAUGCCGCAGACGUGACCCACGCGCAAACCGAGGUCGAUGUGCGCUCCGUGGCUGGAUCGGACGAGGCUGAGUUGGCGAGGAUGGGCUACAGGCAAGAGUUCAAGCGUGAAUUCACCAACCUGUCGGUAAGUUUCUGGGCUGAGCUUGAAGCGAAGCGGUUCGUCGAGCUGCUGGGAGUGGCGGCCCGCCGUAGCUGCGAAGAGGGUUGCCGCGACUGGCCGGCCAGUAACCCACCACGUCCCACACCCCACCGAUUACAGUCGAUUGCGAUUGCGACCCGAGAGCUGACCAUCCUCGCUUGACCCACCGCUGCCAUUGUACAUUGUACUGCACUAUGGACGAUCACAGACCAUCUCGUUUGCCUUCUCCAUCAUGGGUGUAGCCAGUUCGGUCGCGACGACCUUUGUGAGUACCGCUAUCGCACAGUCACCGCUCGCUCACUCGCUGCGCCGUGGGCCCAGGCCGGGGGGUCGCCCAGCGGAACUCCCAAACACUGACUGCCAGUUGCCCCGGUCGAACGACCUCCGCAGAACACACCCUUCUUGCUCGGUGGCCCUUCUUCUGGUGGGUAAACUGAGCAGCAUGUCGUUGCAAAAGCAUUUCUGAUCGGAGCUGACGUGAAUUCUUCUCUUGCCCUCUUCUCAGUCGUCUGGUGUUGGUUCCUCGUAGGUUGGCCGUUCCCACCACUCCGGGCCGUCGACGCUCGCGCUUCCGACACGCUCCGACAGGGGGGGAAGCGCGCGCGCGAGCGUCUCCGGCGACAGGCAAACGCAGCAUCGAGUGCGUGGGCCGUACUGACCCGUGCAACUUUGUCUCUGCCAGGGAUCGUUCAUGUGCUUCUGCCUCGGUACCUCGAUUGCGGGUUAGUACCUUUAUGUUUACUUCCCCUGUCGAUACGUGCGAUCUGGCUGACAGGCUUGUCGUAUUGCUGUCCUUAUCUAGAAAUUGUCUCUGCUUGUGAGCCACUUCUCGGGUGCAACCUUCAAGGUGGCAAGGAUGGCUGAUAUCCAUCAAAUGAUCACAGACCCUACGAACGGUGGUCUCUAUUCGGCUUCGGCGUACCUCGUCCCCCGCAAGUACAAGGCCAUCACCGGAUGGGUUGUCGGAUGGUUAGUCGCCGCCUAGGCUGAAUGAGGCUUGCUCAGCACCCUUUCCUUGGCGUUGACAACCUCUGGGUGGUCUCCCACAGGCUUAACUUGCUCGGACAGGUUGCGGGUGUGGCCUCGACCGAGUACGGUCUCGCCCAGAUGAUCCUUUCGGCCGCCUCGCUCUCGACCGAAGGCCGUUUCGUCGCCACGACCGGACAGACGUACGCCGUCUUCCUCGGUCUCCUCAUCAUCCACGGUCUCAUCAACUCGGCCGGAACUCGUUUCCUCGCCAAGGUGACGCAGACCUUCGUCUUCUGCAACCUCGGUUCGUGUUUGGCCAUCAUCAUCGCGUUGCUCGUUACGACCAAGGAGAAGCACACAGCGUCGUACGUCUUCACGUCGACGAUCAACGGCUCGGGAUGGUCGUCGCAGGGCCUCGUCUUCUUGUUGGGCUUGUUGUCGGUGCAAUGGACCAUGACCGACUACGACGCGACGGCGCACAUUUCGGAGGAGGUCAAGAGGGCUUCGAUCGCUGCCCCGGUCGCCAUCUUUGUUGCCGUCAUCGGCACUGGUAUCGUUGGGUACGUCGCUUAACGCUCCAACCAAUGCUUUUUUUUUUGCGCUGACCUGGCGCUGACCUGAUCUUUUCGCCUCGUUCACAGAUGGAUCUACAACGUCGUCUACGUGCUGUGCUCCGGCGACAUCUCCCGCUUUGACGGCUCGAUCUACGCCCCCGCUCAGAUCAUCUUUGACAACGUCGGCCCCCGCGGCUUCUAUGCGCUGUGGACGUUCGUCUGCUUGACCGCCUUCCAAGUCGUUGCGACAGCCAUGCAAGCCAACGCGCGCACCUUCCACGCCUUCUCUCGCGACCACGGUCUUCCCGACCGGGGAUUGUUCGCGCGCUUAUCGAAGCAACGCAUCCCCGUCUUCAGUGUCUGGCUCGUCGCCUUCAUCUCGGCUUUGAUGGUCUUGCUCUCGUUCGCCUCGAUCGUGGCCGUCUACGCCGUCUUUGCGUUGUGCGCGAUGGCCUUGGACACGUCGUACGUCAUCCCCAUCGCCCUCAAGAUGUGGUUCCGUGACCACCCCGAGGUCAACUACAAGCCCGGACCUUUCGACCUCGGCCGAGGGCCGCUCAUGUACAUCAUCAACUUUGUCGCUAUCUUGUGAGUAUUCUUUUAAAGGAAUACGGGAUGUGCUCGACACAGAGAUUGUUGCAGCCGGACCAUUAUUGACUGAUUGCUCCUCCUGUAUACGUUCUCGCUAGCUGGACCACCUUUGUCGUGAUCAUUCUGGCCCUUCCUACCAUCAUGCCCGUCACGGCGGCGAACAUGAACUACGCUUCUGCCGUCACUGGUUCGUCAUCGUUUUACUAGCUUGGGAGGUGCGCGAUGGCUGGCUGACGACGGAUUCGAUUCGCAUUUUACAGGUGGUGUCAUGAUCCUCAGUCUGAUUUGGUACUUUGCUGGUGGUCGCAAGCACUACGUAAGUCUCUGGUUUGUGGGUUACUACGCUGUGACGAAUGCUCACGCUGCCCCCGCGCCUCUGUUCGACUACCGCAGACCGGCCCACGCAACCUCAUCCAAGAAGAACUCGAGCGUGCGCACGGCACCGUCGACGGUACCGAAUACACCAAUGAGCACAAGGUCUAA